CCACUUCUCCUCUGCCAUCCUCCCUGUCGUCUCCACUCUCCCCUGUCCCCCACGUUCUCUGCCACCUCCACACUCACCUGUCCCCCAUGCCUCUCUCAUACGCUCCUCUCUCUCUUUUCUUAAAUCAAACGAAACCCUAUAAAUCUGGUGGAAUUGAAUCUUGAAAGGGAGGACAUGAAAUAAAGGUGGAAGAUCUGGAAACAAAAAAUCUCCCCACAAAACAUAAGUUUUAAUCACCUCAAAUUUCCGAGAAAACGGACAGUUUUCAUCAAUUGGGUUUAAAAACAUUUUUCUUGAAAUUCAGCCGAAGGGGGGAUUUUUCAGUAUUUUAGAGGAUUUUAUUGAGUAUUUUGAGGGAAUGAUUCAGUGUUUUAAGGGACACAAUCAAUCUUAAAACUCGAUCUUCCCUUUUCCGGCAAACUUUAACCGCGACCAAGGGGUUCGACUCACUCAACGCUAGUUUCGAAGUCGCUCAUACGAGAGAAUAGAUUCGAGACUUCGUCGCCCAGUUCACUGUACCCACAAAAGCCAUUAGUUGGGUUACAGUACCCGUGCACUAUGCUCUGUGGAUGUUGAUGGUGUACUUGACAGAUGUAUGGAAACUCAAACUCACAGAUGCGGCUGCAAUUGUCAAUGUCUUCCUUGGUUUGUAAAGUAUCCCACAGUCAGUCAUGAUGUUUUCCGCUCAUGGUCUACUUGGCAACUAUCCAGUGCUUUUGGGUUCUAUUUUCGCCUGUUGUGUGGGUAUGGGUUUUUUUAACAAUGUCAACACCACCAGUCCUUGCUAAGGCUACUGGAACAUGCAGUGCUUAUCAGCCUCAGGGGCGGAGCCAAGUGUAGUUGAGGGGGUUAUCCGAACCCCCUCGGCAGAAAUUUACAGUGUAUAUUGAAGGUUAAAAUUAUUAUUUUUAUGUAUAUAUGGUAGGUGUUGAACCCCCUUAGCUUCUUGUAUAUUUACCUCUUUAUAUUUUUGAACCCCCUUACUGAAAAUCCUGGCUCCGCCACUGAUCAGCCUGAAUGCAUUGGCGAAGGCCAGCACAUACUCUUCUACAUAGCAUUGGCUCUGUCUGCCCUCGGGGAAGCUGGUCAAGCAGUAAGCUUCGGCUCUUUCCUAGUUGAGCAACUUGGAGAAAAUGCUAGCAGGCCUUCCAUCAAUUAUCUGCAUUCCUUUGCAGUGAAACCGUUCAAUGUUGCUGCUGUUUUGGGGUUUUCAUACAUAUCACCGUGGUCACUUUGGUUUGGCAUCGCAGCAAUAUUUUACACAGUGGCAGCAUUUAUUUUCUCGAGCGGAUGUUGUACCUAUAAAUAUGUUAAACCAGCAGCUAUAUAACUCAUCUAAUCCUGGUAAUCAAUGCCUGCCUCACACCAAUGGCCUGAGGUGUCUAGACAGGGCAGCAAUUAUCUUGCCUGACCAGACUUUAGAGCAGCAAUUGAGGAAUAGAUGGAGGCUUUGCAGCAUUCCUGAGGUUGAAGUUACUAAAUUUGUAAUUUGCACAUUCCCAAUGUCUAUGACCUUCAUUCUUGGUGGGAUUAUGACUUCUUUGUCAAAUACCUACUUUCUAGAGCAAGUGAUGACUAUGAACAAUAAGGUUGGACACCUAAGAGCUCCUCUAGCUGUCUUCCUAUGGUUCCAACUAGAAGCAAGAGCACUAUUCCCAAAACUAUAUUACAUGUUAGUGAAUUGGAUAUGGGGUUCCGGAGCAAGACCAUCAUCUCCUAGAGUAGGGGUUGCAGUAUCCCUCAUUUUGGGGAUAUUAUGCACUAUUACAGCUGCGAAAGUAGAGUCAAGAAGACUCAUUAUGGUAAAGAGCUAUAGAUUAGCAGGCGAGACUGACGAUAAAAUUCUGACGAGUGUAUUCUGGUUGCUUCUGCAGUAUCUCCUCCUCGGGGCAGUAGGCGGGAUGUUUGGAAAGAGCUUGAGUAAUUACUACAAUAGUUACUUUGACCCCAUAUGUGCCUCGUACAUGCUCACUGCCGUCAAUUUAAUGCACGGGUUAGGAUGUAUAAGCAACAUUUUGUUAGUGUACAUAGUGGGUAAGGUUAGUCAGAGGGGAAAUAAACUAAGUUGGUUUCAGGAUACUCUGAAUGAGAGUCGAUUUGAUAAGUAUUACUGGACUCUGUCCUGGCUAUUAGCUAUUGCAUUUGUUUCGUUUGCUGUCAUUAGUCUGGGGUAUAGUGGCAAGAGAGUCAUGGAAGAAGAACGAACAGUUUACGUGGAUCGAAGUGUUGACGUGGUUGAGGGUGAAGCAAUUUAUUCGAUGACAAUGACAUAUACAAUAGGAAACAGGGCUUCUUUUGGGCUCUGAUGAUAUGUUCAUAGGGAAUGAUGGUGGCAGUACCACAGUACUGACUGUUGUUUCUCUUGUGCUGAGAGGAUGAAUAUGAUUACAGGACCUGCUGAAGCUCAUUCCAUAUCUUGUGUAGUAAAGAACUAACUUUUGUAAUCUUCUUCAUCCUUAAACAAAGAGUUGAUUGACGUUCCUUUAUUUCAUAACUGUUUUUGUAAUCAUGCUCCUUUAUGUAAACUUGCACUUUCAGCAAUAUAACUUUGAAGUGAUCCAGUCUUUGACAGCCAUGGAAACACGUACUGCAAGGAUUUCUAUCGACCCAUUAAUCAUGUCAUUUCCCUUUACCCAAACUAAUGAUGCAAGAGAAACUUGAUACUCUUUUACACAUUGGUUCGAAUUUGUUGUUCAACUAUAAGUAUAAUUGGGAACUGAACUUCAGAAUCACUAAGAUGUCCUUCUUGACUCUCGUUCUAUUCUUUUUGGCGCUGGGAUUUUCUCACUCAGUGGCCAGCUGCAUUGCAGUUAAACUGAAGAAAAAUAGGACAUCUGCUUGUCUUUCUUUCGAUGAUUUGUUUUGUGGUUUAGAUUUAAGUAACUUUCCAGCACCACAAGGAAUUAUGACUUUUCUUCAUCUUUCAUACUUCACUUUCUCUCAAAUUAGGUGUUCAUUAAUUGGUAUAUUGAGAAGAAAGUGCUUCUUUUUGUUAUUUGGUUGUGGUACUUCGCCUAUAAAUUCACUCAUCUUUGCCGCCAGGGAUUUGGUAUAGUGGUAAGAGCCCAGCGUUGUGUGUGUUAGAUGCACAUCAUGAGUUCGUAUGGGACGUUGCAAUUGUUUUUCUGCAAGAAAAUUGAUGCAACUGGACAGCGUUUUUACUGAAGUGUCAGCUUAUUAUGAUCACCUCUCUUUUUAAUAGUUGUAAUUCCAGUCAAUAUUCUCGAGUCAUAAAGCCAUUAGGUGGAGACCAAAAUGAAGAUUUGCAG